AGCUGUUUACUACUGCAUCUGUCAAAAGUUACUCCCCCAAAACAUCUGAUUUUCCCGUGAAAAAUUUCCCGUUUUCCGCUGCAGUCGCGUACCUUUUCCGAGUCAUUUUUCGAAAAACCUCUUCCAGGCCAAUUGAUCUUCUGUAUAUUUAUAAUAAUAGUAUGUCGAUCGAAUGCUAAACAACAGCAAGCGUCGGAUUGUUUGAUUUUUAUUUUCGGAUUUCCAUCGCUCUCUUCAACUUGCUUGCGUCGCCCACUCGAAUGAAUCAUGAGCGAUUCUAAUCCCCCUCUACAGAACCAGCCUCGUUUCGUGCCAGCCGAAUACGAUAGCGAUGACAACACGGAAGACGAGAUGCUGAUGAUGUCGAUGUCAAACACUUCAGUGGCUUCCGGCGGAAGCGGAGAAGUAGGUGGUAGGUGCUUCGAGGACGAACGGAUCAAGAUUGUGCCGCACAUUGGGUGGCACGCCGGUAUUGACGAGCGGGACUUCGACAUCGAGCUGGACGAGAACAUUGCCACCUGGUUCGAGGGGUUCCGGGAGAGUUUCAAGACAUUCAAAAAGGGUCCGCUGAUUUCGCAACGGCUGCAGAUGUUCUACCUGAACACGCGCAAUCCUUUCGAGUGGGCGUUGAAGUUGUUCGCCAACUGUCCGGAUCAUAAUUCGCCGAAGAGCAAUUCGCUGGCGUACACGGUGUUGGAGGAGAUGAGCAAUUUCAAGAAGCAGUAUAGUUUGGAAGCGGACCAGCUGGUGGACGAUAACCUUCGAAUGGUGGCGUUCAAUUUCGUAGCCAAACAGGGCCACUGCGUGUUGUUUCGUAUGGUGGUGGAUACUUUUGAGUUGUUGCGUUGUCGGGAGUUGUUUAUUGCCAAGGUGCGGGAGUUCCUGGACCGAAAGCAGUACAAAGAAGCCGGCCAGAUUGCGGUCGAUCUGGAGCUGUUUGACGAAUUUGACGAGCAUGACUUUGUGAUGCCACUGUUUCUGCAGGACAAGAUUUCGAUCGCUGAGGACUAUCUGAACAAAGCUGAACGACUGCAGAGACCCGUUGUGCAACUGCUGGAUUCGUUCUUCGAUAAGAAACAAUCGGUGGAGAACCAUUGCUCGAGAUAUAUUUCAGAACACAACGUUACCGAUGUAUACUACAGCAAGUUACACCAGAAACCGUUGAGCAAGUUGGUGCAACGAUUGGCCAAGAACUAUAACAUCCCGAAGCAGUUCACACCGAACGUGUAUAAAAUGAAGAAUUUUGGAGCCCUGCAGUUUCUGGUUCACAAGCGCUAUUACGAGAAAAGUUUGAACAAAGACUCCUGGGACGAGAUGGUGCGGGACACUGUUUCGGAGACCGAUCGAGAAUUACAGCUGGAACUGGUUUGUCUUUGUUCGAACUUCAACGAUCAGCCGGAAGCGGCCAAGUGGGCCCAUCAUUUCCAGCUGAAGCUGAAUGAACUUCCUCUACUGGUGCAGGACUACAUCAUCGAACAAGACGACACCAAGCCUAAGACUCGUCAAGAUUUUGAGGAUGAACAGUGGGAUGCUCCGCACAGUGAGCCAGCGCACGCUCUUCGGUUGGACGAAUCCCAUGUACAUCUGGUAGACACGAAGGAUAAGUUCUACGCCAUGCUGUCGGACCUUACUCGCCAGUCGAUGAUUGCAUUCGAUUCGGAGUGGAAGCCCACCUUCGGUGGUGCUAAUGAAGUUUCUCUGAUUCAACUGGCCACGUGGGACGACGUGUACAUGAUCGACGUGAUGGUCUGCCCGCUGGAAGGCCUGGACUGGGCUUCCUUGGCGAAGAAUGUGUUCAAUCGAGACGAUAUUCUGAAGCUGUCAUUCGCUCCUUCCACCGAUAUUUCCAUGUUCCAAAAGGCACUGCCUGCUUUUAAUGUGAUGUACAGUUCGCAGACCACAUCUGCUAUACUGGACCUGCAGCUUCUGUGGCGACACGUUGAACGGUACGAUAGCUUCCGGUUUCCUUUCCAUGAGGAAUCUCUGAACCAAAAUCUUGCCAACUUGGUCAAGCUGUGUCUGGGUAAGAAACUGGACAAAUCUAACCAAUUCUCGAAUUGGGCCCAGCGCCCACUGCGGAAGGAACAGCUUCGGUACGCUGCUCUGGAUGCGUUCUGCUUGCUGGAAAUUUAUGAAGCCAUCGAGAAGCAACUGACGAUGAUUCAGCUUGAUCCAAACGAGAUCCUGAAUGCGCUGCUGAAUGACGUUCGAUCGGCGUCGCACGAGGGUGGCACCAAGCGGUCCGGAAAGCAAGAUGGAUCAUCCAGUUCGCGACGCAGCGGCGCAGGACAUCGUGAUAAGUACAACAAGCGACAGACGUACAACAGCGACGGGGGCGGAGGAAAUUCUUCCCGAGGCUAUCAGAAUCAUCAUCCUCAUCAUCAGCAGAACCGAAACAAAUCCAAAGGUGUUGGCUCCCGCGAACAACAGCAACCUGACGGUCCAAACCUUAAAUCCGUACUAGCCUCGGAGGUACGUUUCGUGUGCGAUCGGAUGCUGGAAGGGCUGGCCAAGAUGCUGCGACGGUUCGGGAUCGAUACGGUGGCAAUUCGGAAUGAGAAAGGCGAUCGCUGUGUCUUCGUGGCGCUCCAGGAAGGCCGAUACGUCCUGACCAGGGGAGCCAAUUUUGUCAAGUUCUGUGAAUACCUUCCCCCGGGUCACUGCUACAACAUCGGCAACGAUCGCGUCGAGGAUCAACUGCUGGAGGUUCUCCGGUACUACAAGGUCGUCAUCCGCCAGGAGAACAUCUUCAGUCGGUGUCAGCUGUGCAAUUGUGGUCGUUUCCUAUCGGCGACACCCGAGGAUAUCUACGUGUUGAAGAACCAAAACUCCAUGCCGACCAAUUUCCGGGAAAUCCACCGGAGGGAUCCGCUCAGCCCGGAGGAAGAGGAGUACGGUGGCGGUAAUCGGAUGAAACUCGAUCGCAGCUGGAUCUUGGAUGCCCUCGGCGAGCGCCAUCGAAGCGAUGGCCGAACGGAUGCCGGUGUUCCGAUCGAAAUCGGUUACGUAAGCGAUGCUGUGAUUGCCAAUGUGGAUGUGUUCUAUAUUUGUGAUGGGUGCGGCCGGUGCUACUGGGAUGGAUCGCAUCUGGAGAAUAUUCUCGCCGGGAAGCUGGCCGAUUUACUCACGCUAAAGUACGAUUAGGAGAAGCUACUAUCUGUGAGUGUAUGUGUUGGGGGAGGGCAUAUGAUUAGAGAGAAUAAAGAUAUGUAUUAACCG